ACCGCUCCCUCCGCCCUCCCAGGGCUCUGGCGGCGGCGGAGUGAACGGGACUGGCCCGGCCGCAGAGCGCGGGGCGGCGGGUGGGAAGCGGGCCUCUGAAGGAGUUGUACCGGCAGCGCCUGCGGAGACGUGAGGAGGAAAGUAAGGGAAUUACACUGCUGAAAAUUUGAGAAAAACGGAAGAGAAGAAACUCACCCACUAUCAUUUGGUGGAUGUGGGAAGAGAAGUUUGCAGAACUGAAAUGGAGGUCACAGCUUCUUUACAGAAGGUUAGUGGGUCAUCUGCUUCUGUGGGUACACUGAACAGUGAAGAAUUUGUUUUGGUUCCUCAGCAUGCUGAUGAUUCUUCUACAAAAGAUGAAGAAAAACCUCACCUGAAGAUAGUUUCUAAUGGUGAUGAACAAUUGGAAAAAGCCAUGGAAGAGAUUUUGAGAGAUUCUGAGAAAGGGCAAAGCAGUCUUCUUCUUGACUGUCACAGUUCCAGUGAGAUUUCAGAACAUUCAUUUGGAGAUACUACAGCUAGCCAAACAAAUAAGCCAUCUCUUCAGUUAAUUUUGGAUCCUUCUAAUACAGAAAUUUCUACACCAAGACCAUCUUCUCCAAGUGGACUACCUGAGGAAGAUAGUGUUUUAUUUAACAAACUGACCUACUUAGGAUGUAUGAAGGUUUCUUCCCCACGUAAUGAAGUGGAGGCUUUACGGGCAAUGGCAACCAUGAAAUCUUCCAGUCAGUACCCUUUUCCUGUUACUCUAUAUGUGCCAAAUGUUCCAGAAGGUUCUGUGAGAAUCAUAGACCAAUCCAGCAAUGUGGAGAUAGCAUCUUUUCCAAUCUAUAAGGUGUUAUUCUGUGCACGUGGACAUGAUGGGACAACAGAGAGCAAUUGCUUUGCAUUUACAGAGAGUUCUCAUGGUUCAGAAGAAUUCCAGAUACAUGUUUUUUCCUGUGAAAUUAAAGAGGCAGUAAGCAGAAUUUUAUAUAGUUUCUGUACAGCAUUCAAACGUUCUUCUAGACAAGUGUCCGAUGUGAAAGACUCCAUUAUUCCUACCCCUGACAGUGAUGUGUUUACCUUCAGUGUUUCCUUGGAGGUAAAAGAAGAUGAUGGAAAAGGAAACUUUAGUCCUGUGCCUAAGGAUAGAGAUAAAUUUUAUUUCAAAUUAAAGCAAGGAAUAGAGAAGAAAGUUGUGAUUACAGUACAGCAACUUUCUAACAAAGAAUUAGCUAUUGAAAGAUGUUUUGGAAUGUUAUUAAGCCCAGGUCGAAACGUGAAGAACAGUGACAUGCAUUUACUGGAUAUGGAAUCCAUGGGAAAGAGUUAUGAUGGGAGAGCUUAUGUCAUCACCGGCAUGUGGAACCCCAAUGCAUCAAUAUUUCUGGCACUUAAUGAGGAAACACCAAAAGAUAAACGAGUGUACAUGACCGUGGCAGUGGAUAUGGUAGUUACAGAGGUGGUGGAGCCUGUCCGCUUUCUCCUGGAGACAGUAGUUCGUGUAUACCCUGCAAAUGAGCGAUUUUGGUAUUUCAGCAGAAAGACUUUCACAGAAACUUUCUUCAUGAGAUUGAAACAGUCUGAGGGAAAGGGUCAUACCAAUGCUGGAGAUGCAAUAUAUGAGGUGGUGAGUCUACAGCGAGAGUCAGACAAGGAGGAACCAGUCACUCCUACUGGUGGAGGGGGUCCAUUGUCACCCCAGGAGGAUGAAGCAGAAGAGGAGAGUGAUAAUGAACUCUCAAGUGGAACAGGUGAUGUGUCUAAGGAUUGUCCUGAGAAGAUCCUAUAUUCUUGGGGAGAACUGCUGGGAAGAUGGCACAGUAACCUUGGUGCACGACCGAAAGGGCUAUCCACCUUGGUGAAGAGUGGUGUCCCUGAAGCAUUAAGGGCAGAGGUAUGGCAGUUAUUGGCAGGCUGUCAUGACAACCAGGCAAUGCUGGAUAGAUACCGAAUUCUCAUCACAAAGGAAUCAUCCCAGGAAAGUGUUAUCACUCGAGAUAUUCAUCGUACAUUUCCUGCACACGAUUACUUUAAAGAUACUGGAGGAGAUGGUCAGGAAUCGCUUUAUAAGAUCUGCAAGGCCUACUCUGUGUAUGAUGAAGACAUUGGGUACUGUCAAGGGCAGUCUUUUCUUGCUGCUGUGUUGCUUCUGCAUAUGCCAGAGGAACAAGCAUUCUGUGUUUUGGUGAAAAUCAUGUAUGACUAUGGUUUGCGAGACCUCUACAAAAAUAACUUUGAGGAUCUUCAUUGCAAAUUCUAUCAGUUGGAGAGACUAAUGCAGGAGCAGCUACCAGACCUGCACAGCCAUUUCUGUGACCUGAACUUGGAGGCUCAUAUGUAUGCAUCCCAGUGGUUUCUCACUCUUUUCACGGCCAAGUUCCCACUCUGCAUGGUGUUCCACAUCAUUGACUUACUGCUUUGUGAGGGUUUGAACAUAAUCUUUCAUGUAGCUUUGGCUCUCCUAAAGACCUCAAAGGAAGACCUUCUGCAGGCUGAUUUUGAAGGUGCUUUAAAGUUCUUCAGAGUUCAGCUUCCAAAGAGAUACAGGGCAGAGGAAAAUGCAAGAAGAUUGAUGGAGCAGGCUUGCAAUAUUAAAGUACCAACCAAGAAGCUGAAGAAAUAUGAGAAAGAAUAUCAGGCAAUGCGAGAGAGUCAGCUGCAGCAGGAAGACCCGAUGGAUAGAUACAAGAGGGAGAACCGAAGAUUACAGGAGGCCAGCAUGAGGUUGGAACAAGAGAAUGAUGACCUCGCCCAUGAACUAGUAACCAGCAAAAUUGCCUUACGGAAUGACCUGGAUCAGGCGGAAGACAAGGCAGAUGUGUUGAAUAAGGAGCUCCUUCUGACCAAACAGAGGCUGGUGGAGACCGAAGAAGAGAAGAGGAAGCAAGAGGAAGAGACUGCCCAGCUAAAAGAAGUCUUCAGAAAACAGCUAGAGAAGGCAGAAUAUGAAAUAAAGAAGACGACAGCCAUCAUUGCUGAGUAUAAGCAGAUCUGUUCGCAGUUAAGUACCAGGCUGGAGAAACAGCAAACAGCCAGCAAGGAGGAGCUGGAAGUGGUAAAGGGUAAAAUGAUGGCAUGCAAACAUUGCAGUGACAUUUUCAGCAAGGAGGGCACUUUGAAACUAGGAGCCAUAAGCAGAGAGGACCAGGGAAUUGAAACGGAUGAUGAGAAGGACUCGCUUAAGAAGCAGCUGAGGGAGAUGGAGCUGGAACUGGCACAAACCAAACUGCAGCUGGUGGAAGCCAAGUGUAAAAUCCAGGAACUUGAACAUCAGAGAGGAGCCCUUAUGAAUGAAAUCCAAGCUGCAAAAAACUCUUGGUUUAGCAAAACCCUGAACUCUAUUAAAACGGCCACAGGCACCCAGCCACUGCAGCCGCCACAGGCCACCCAACCACCCAAGGAGAGCACAUAGUUCCAGCCUCACCCAAGCACAAGAGCACAAUGAUCAAAGCAAAGGAAACCUAGGAGGAUUCUUCCUGGUGUUCCUUUGAAGGAAAGUCAAGGAGGCCAGAAAGCAAGCCAGGAUCUUCAAUAGCUCUCACUCUUUCUUGUGUGACACUUUUCAAGGGUUGUUGUUUAAAAUGACCUAUUUUAUGUUGAAUACCUAUUUUCCAGCUUCUUCGUAGAAGGCCACGUUCAGAUCCAUCAUAGUAUUACACAUUAUUUUAUAUGCCUAAUGGUUAGUUGGAAAACAAAUAAUUCAGAACUAAAUGCUUUUUAUUUAGAACUAAUUAUUCAUAAUUAUUUUUAUUAUACAUAAAAAUGGAGACACUGUUAUUCCAAGGUUGAGGAGAUAGGAAGAUCUUUGUCAUAAAAAAAAAUUGAAACUCAAACUUCUUAAUUUUUCAGGAUUUAUUUAGAUAAAGCACACUGGGGCUGGUCAUGACCAUGGUCACAUUUCCACACGGAAGUGACUCCCAGGGUAGAAAUGAUCCUGUCUGAAGGGAAGAACAGACAAGGGAUUGAACAGUCCCCAAAGAUUACUAGUUUAUUUCCAUUUUCUAUUGGGUACAUCUGGGAAUGAAGUGCCAAGAACUGUAUAACAGACGGGCUAUUAAGAAUACAGACUAAGUAAAAGGAACUGAGAUUUUGAUAAAUGCAGUAUAAAAUCAUUUGGGCUCUGGUGUUCUAACAAAUCCUUUUAAGAACUACAUAUAGGAUUUGCGAGCCCUUAAGUAUGCCUGAAUAGGAACACAGAUGUGACUGCUGGCAAACGUAAAGUGGAUAUUGCAACUCACAGAUGCAGGGAACUUUCCCCAGAGAAGCCUAGAAAGGUCCAGCUUCAGCCAUCGUGCUUAGAGUGGCAUACAGAGCGUGAUAGAGUAUUUCAUUUAACUUUGACACAUACUUGCUAAGGAAACACUAAUAUUCUGUAAUUUUGUUAAAAGACAUGCUGUUGAAAUUGGGAAAUAGAGGUCAGCCUUACAUUAUCUUAGUUUAAUGUUGGACAACUUUUCUUGAUUUCUGUACUCUCUAAAAUGUGCCAUUGGUACCUGUAGAUAAAGAGAUACAAAUGUGUUUGUAACAUUUUGAAUGACUAUAAAACCUUUAUAGACAUACUUGUCUCACAGAAACGUAAAAAGCUAUUGUUUAAAAAUCGGUGAAAAAAAUUUUCAAUUAUAUUUAACAUGCCUAGAUAAAUAGUUCUUGCAAGAAAUUCUUUGGUAAGAGCAAAAGUAAUUUUCCUGUUUUUUAAGCCAUGUUGGAGGCCUCUGAUCUUUUCACACCAACCAAACUCUGAUCAGAUAUGUACAAUAACAUUUAUUGACACUCAUCCUUGGCUUCAUUGUUGAGUAUUUUGUUUGCAAAGGAUCUUAAACUCCGUAGUGCCAGAGUGAGUCUCAUCUGUGCCGUAUGUUGCAAUUAAGUGACACACUCUUAGACACAAGAAUUCAGUAAGAGCCAUCUCAACCCCAGGAAGAUAUACCAAGUUGCUUGUGGUGGAUCUUUUCUGCUAAAGUAAUCUUUAAGUUCUAAAAAGUGAAAUCCCCUUCAUCUGCACGUUGUUUAGAUCAUCUCCAUACGUACAACAAUUUACAUGGUUGUUGUCUGUUAGACACUCAGCAGAUAAUACUUCUCUUACAGAAGUCUUUUUAUUUUGUUCUAAAAUUGUUUAUCAUAACAUUUUCUUUUUACCAAAAGGAAAAAGAACCCAGCACUCCAAGAGUCUAUGUUGACUUUAAUAUUCUCUACAUGGUGGUUUAGAUAAGCUAAUUUUUUUUUUUUUUUGGUAAAAUAGCUAAAAAAUUUUUAUCUUGGUACUUGUUUCUGUAAAUCAUUUAGUAUAGUCUGUUACCUUUACCAGUACUUUAUGCUUUGAUUGUAUGAAGUUCUGUGCCAGUUGCCUUAUCAAAUGGCCAGCUAAAUUAAAGUUGCUCUUUUGUGAAUUUCAUAGUUCGGUACAGAGCUCCUUUUAACUUCCAAAAAUAAAUACAUUCCACAGAAUGCCUAAAGUAUAGAUGAGGGAGAAAAAGCAUACCUGUAGGUCAAUUUCUUAUUUGUAGACCUGGUUCAAUUCCAUAGUCUCCUCUUUUUUUUUCUUUGAACAAAAUCACUAGGUGCAUACAUUCCAAAACAUUCGAUAAAUCUACCUUUUGAGUUUUCUUUUUAUUCUUUCAAAAGUCUAUGAGGGCAGAACCUACAUGUUUUUUCUUCUCCAGUCUCAUAUCAUACUUGAGUAUGUCUUUUGGUACCAUAAAUCUAAACUGUCCCUCACUGCAAUGCCUUUGAGUCAGUAGUGGCAAUAGGGAAAGAUUGAAAAGAAAGAAAAUUCACAAUUUGGUAUGUGAUAUGAUUGUUCAUAUAGUAUGUUGUAAUGGCAAUAUUCCAAACAACGUGUCCUCUACUGCCUAUUGUUUGAAAAUGCGUGCAUCACAGCAUGAAGUAACUACUAGUUUUAAUUUCACUUAUUUUAAGAUACAUUUGAGAAUUGCACCUCUUCUCUUGAAUUACAUUUAGAAAUCAAUCAGCCAAAUACCCAGGAAAUUUUCAAACAUUCUAGUGUUUUUCAUCUAUUCCUAUAAUGUAGUCUGUAUAAAAGAUAUCUCCAAAAAUCCAAUAGUUGCAAUAUCUGAAAUGUGAUCGUUUAUCUUUUUAUUAAUUCUAUAGAAUAAAUUAAAUUCAACUUGAUAAUUUAGUUCAUUAGCUUUUAUAUCUUGAGAAUCUUGCUUAACACAUUCUUUAAAGCUGAAAGAAACCAAGCUGAAUUUUGCACUGCAUAUGUUUGCUAGCUUCCCACAUGCUGAGCCAUGUCAUAAUUUGGUUAUAUUUAGUUAUGUAUAAUUUAAUGCAAAAAUAUUCUCAGUUACCUAAUGCUCUGUUUAUGAGGGCCUAUCAGAAACACUAAUAGGAUUAUCAUGUCUUUCUAGACAACAAAUAUCUCUCUUCUCUCUCAGCUAUUAAAUUAGUAAUUUGUUCUUCAUUAGCUUCCUUAAAUUUCCCUGAUCAAGUAGAAAAGCAACCUUUCUACUGAUGUUAGGAUAUUUAAGAGUAUUUAUCUUGUUUCAUUUUUUAAAAAAUGUUCAAUCUUUUCCUUUUGUGUAUUAAUAUUUAUUUUUCUCCAGCCCUUACUCCAUUUUCUUAAAACAGUUUUCAGUUAAUACAUAUAACUGGUGGCUUCAUUUCCUAGCUGAAGUGAGAAAAACAAGAUAAUACAAAAAUUGGGGCAGAGGAAACUUAAGAGUAGACCCUUGGCCAGGCAAGGUGGCUUAUGCUUGUAAUCCUAGUACUCAGGGAGGCUGAGGUUGGUGGAUUGCUUGAGAUCUGGAGUUGAGGCCAUCCUAAGCAAGAAUGAGAGCCCAUCCUUAUAAAAAAUAGAAAUAUUAGUCUGGUGUGCUGGCACACACAUGUAUUCCCAGCUACUUGGGAGGUUGGGGCAGGACAAUUGCUUGAGCCAAGGAGUUUGAGGUUACAGCAGUGAACUAUGAUGACACCACUGCACUUCAGUCUGGACAACAGAGGAAGACUCUGUCUCAAAAAAAAAGAGAGCAACAGAGAGCCCCUUAAUGGAGUCAGUCACCCAGGGUAAGAAUUACAUGUAACUAGUGUAAAGGAUUGACUUUUUUUUUUUUUUUCCUCAGCUGAAAUCAGUCUACUAACUUAUUCCACCAACCUUGUGCAUCAGUCACUAAAGUUGUGUGCUUGUCUGAUUUUAGGGUCUGGCCAAAAGGACACUUUUAAUUACUUAGCAAGAUGAUUCUAUCAUAUAACUUACCCUUAAAAUAGCUCUGAUUCUCUUGCUUCAAUUACAAAUAAACAAAAGAAUGAAGAAAUUCUGUUGUAUGAUUUAAACACUUUUAGGAGAGUGUGUAUGUGUGUGAGAGAGAGAAAGAGAGAUUGGUGGAAUUUUAGAUAGAGUAUUCCUCCCUCCCGCUUUUGUUUACCUAGGUGCCAUGCAACCAAAUACACAUUGAAAUGUCAAGACAGGAUGAUGAAAGCUGUAAGGCCAGAAACAGCUCUGUGGUCUGUGUUUCCUACUAUUAGAUAUAAAACUUAACUUCUCUCUAGUCAACAUUCUGAAGGUCACACUGAGAACUGUCCCAAAACUUCUUCUCUCAAAGUGGCUUCUAUAUAAUAGAGACCCUUUAACUUAGUCUCUAAAUUAUCUUUCAGAAUCUGUCCAAGUGAGGACUUCAGUGUGGGCUGUGCCUCAAUUGGAGAUGCUGUCCUUGGGUUGUAAUGGAAAAAGUGGAUAUUUAUGAGCUUUUGGUCAGUUGUGUGACAUUUCUUUCUAUGUUUCCUCCUUAAAUACUACAUAUCCAGCUUAUCUUUAAAUGAAUUUGCUACCUGCUAUAAAAACAUCUUCAUUAAUAUAUCCCAUUCUAACUUACCCCAUUCAUGGUUUUAUCAUUAGUGAUAUUCUGAAAAGCUUUAUCUAAGAAUCAUCAAGAAAUAGAACAUUUUAAGUUAUUUUCCUAUUCAUUAGCAAUUAACAUGUAAAAUCUUUUCCACUAUACCAUAAUUUUUAAUAACUAAUAUAUAUGGUAUAAGAUGUAAAAACUGAAUUGUGCAACUAUAAAUGCAUCAAAAGACUCUGGUGUCAUGAAAGCACAAGAAUAAAGCUGGAGAUGGUCCCAGAAUACAAGAUGUCCCAAUAGCCUUUUGCAUCAGUUUGUCUAUUUUUGGUACUUUACAUAAUGCAUGGAUCCUUAGUUCAAAUGAGGGGAAAAGUUUCUUAGCUUCAUUUCCUUUCUUUUAAAUUCUCACCUUUCCCUUGCCAAGGAGGUAGUAAAAACUCUGUACUAUUUUCAUGAAUUCUGUAAUUUUGCCCAUGACAUUGCUAACAAAAACAGGUUCUAGGAUAAAGGAGUUGAUUAGUCCAAACAGUGCUAAUUGACGACAAAAGAAACAUUAGUGAUGGACCUCUUCCUUUACAAACACUGACCAAUUAGAUGUUUCCAUAGCUCCCUGUAUUAUGUAUAGUACACUCUAUAAAUGUAAAUGUAAUGCUUGUUUAAAAAAGUGCAAUUUAUUGUACAUUGUUCCAACAAAUGUUUACUUUUAUAAUCAUUAUGAAUUUGAACUGGAUUAGUAUCUUGUUUUCCUGUGUGAAUGAAGCCUUGUGCAAUAAACAAAUGCAACCAAGAAAGUAACAAGGUGAUUGUUUUUGUGAGCCAGUGAUGUUCUUAAUGCUUUGUGUUGCCCUGUAGCCCCAUUGAAUAGUAAUAAACAUUCGUUCUUAAGUCCA